AUGGCAGAAGCACUUUUGGGUGCUGUCCUAGAAGGGGUGGUGUCUAAACUGAUUUCUAUUACCGCUGAACGAAUCGGCCUUGCAUUGGGUUUCAAGAAGGAGCUGAAAAGACUGGAUGACUCACUACAAAUGAUCAAAGCUUUCUUUCAAGAUGCAGAGGAAAGGCAAACGAAGGACGAAGCAGUGAAGGUUUGGUUGCAGAGGCUCAAAGAUGUUGCUUAUGAGGCCGAUGAUGUCCUUGAUGAGUUUGCUUAUGAAAUUCUCCGAAGGAAAGUGGAGAUUCGAAACCAAAUGAGGAGGAAGGUACGAGACUUUUGUUCCCCCUCCAAUCCCUUUGUAUUUCGUCGCAACAUGGCUAAUAAAAUUAAGGACAUCCUUAACACACUGGAUGACCUUAACAAAUUGGCCACUGAUUUUGGUCUCCAAAAGAGAGCUACCGAUCCAGACCCUGAGUAUAGACGACGAGAGGAGGAGACGAGCUCCGUCCUCACGGGCUUAAACAUUAUUGGAAGGAAAAAUGAUGUCUCAAAAGUAGUUGACCUGUUAGUCAAUCCCAAAGAUGAACAGAUUGUUUCUGUUGUGCCAAUAGUAGGCAUGGCAGGUCUUGGCAAAACUACUUUAGCAAAGCUGGUGUACAAUGAUUCGAAUGUGGCAAGACAUUUUGAUGUCAAAUUCUGGGUGUGUGUUUCUGAACAUUUUGAUGUCAAGAGGAUUUUAAAAGAGAUGUUAGAGCAUUUUACUGAUGAUCAGAUCUCAAUUCCUCAAAAUAUGAAUGCAAUGGUUAAGAAACUCAAGGAGAAGAUUGAACGGCCCAAACGAGGAAAGGAUCAGAUCAAGUAUCUUCUUGUACUUGAUGAUGUGUGGAGUUUUGAAAAAUGGGACGCACUGAAGGAUCAUCUGAUGGAAAUCAGUAAAAAUGGUGGGAAUGGAGUUAUUGUGACAACACGCAUUCAAGAUGUAGCGUCAAAAGUGCAAGCACUUCCAAAUCAAAGGCAUCAACCAGGAAGACUAGGAGAUGAAGAAUGCUGGUCCCUAAUAAAACAACAAGCACUAAGGGCCUCUCCAAUGUCUCACGAAUUAGAGUUAAUUGGAAAUGAAAUUGCUAAGCAAUGUCGAGGUGUGCCAUUGGUAGCUAAACUUAUGGGAGGGAUAAUGCGCAAAAUCGAAAGGAGUCCUUGCGCAUGGUCGAAAAUUCAAAGAAGUGAUGCAUGGGGUUCAAUGGAAAGGGUGUUAAAGUUAAGUUUCGAUCACUUGUCUUCUCCACCUUUGAAGAAGUGUUUUGCAUACUCUGCCAUGUUUCCUAAAGAUUAUUUCUUUAAAAAAGAGGAAUUGAUCCAACUGUGGAUGGCUGAAGGAUUUCUUGGCAGCUCUAUGGCAAUGAUGGAUAUUGGUGACAAAUACUUGAAUGAGUUGUUAUGAAAUUCCUUAUUUCAAGAUGUCGGGAAGGACAAAUUUGGGAAUAUUCUCACAUUCAAGAUGCACGACUUGGUGCAUGAUUUAUCUUUGUCUGUGUCAAAGUUUGAUACUUUGUUUUUUCAAGAGAAUUCCACUCUCGCCUCGAAUGAGUGUUCUCA